UUGAACUCGUGGGCUUCUUUUCUCCGCCAUGGCGGCAGUGAACGCGGGGAGAGAACUGGACGUGCGGAUGAACCUGCUGGACGUGAGAAUGACCGUGCCCCUCAGACGGAGGAACCGUCAUCCCAAAAGGGAAAUCAUCCGCUGCCCGAAGGAUCAUAAUGGCCCGAGAAGCAGCACUCUAUCUGGUUAGAAUAGAUUGACCAAUGUGGCACGGAUGGGGUAUGAUAAUAUGAGAGAUGCCAGGGUGACCGAUAGUGAUUCCUCGCCGCUCAUCGAUAAUUUGGAACACUUCACCAUCGAUAUCACGCUGUUGGAUUAGACAGGAUACCAACCAUUCGCCAUCCAUGGCAUCCCAGGAACGUGAGACUCCAGUGGAAGGAAUUGCCAGCAAUGUGAUCGCCCCAAAAGACGCGCCGAAGCGGUCACCGUGGAAGGCAUGGAUGUACCUCUGGGAAUGGUAUCCCAAACACUAUCCGGAAGAAGAGAGGAAGCUUCUCAGGAAGCUAGACGCUUGCCUAUUGACUUUUUGCUCCUUUAUGUUCUUCCUAAAAUGGCUGGACAGCUCCAAUAUCAACAAUGCCUAUGUAUCCGGCAUGAAGGAAGAGCUGAAGCUGAACGGCAACCAGUACAGCUUGUUUGGGACAUUUUACAACCUGGGCUACCUUGUUUUUCAAGUCCCAUCGCUCCUCGUCCUGUCCAGACCGAAACUGGCGCGAUACUACCUCCCCACUAUGGAAGUGCUUUGGUCUAUUGUGACCUUUUGCCAAUCUCAGAUGCGCAACGAACAUGAUAUAUACGGCACUCGAUUCUUACUGGGAUUGCUCGAGACCCCAGUGGCUUCCGGAACGACAUAUGUCCUUGGAUCAUGGUAUCGACCGGAAGAGGUAUUCAAGCGGACCGGUGUUUGGUUCGUCAGCAAUAACAUCGCUGUCAUGUUCGGCGGGUAUCUACAAGCGGCAGCUUACAAGAACCUGAAUGGUGUUCAUGGUAUGGCCGGAUGGAGGUGGCUCUUUAUCAUCGAUGGGAUCAUCUCUCUACCCAUUGCCCUGGCUGGCUACUUCAUCUUUCCGGGGUUGCCUUCGAGCAAGAAGCCAUGGUGGCUUACGGAGGCUCAGCACGCAUUGGCACAAAAACGAGUCUUGGAAGUUGGUAUUGAGCCAAGUAAGAAGUUGAACUGGAGUGUUAUACGGAGAACAUUGAGGCGAUGGGAGUUCUAUGUGGGAGUAACGGCGUAUACUUUCUUCCUCUCAAGCAGCUAUCCCCAUGGCCAAAUGGCGCUAUGGCUCAAAGAUCUCGCUGCGAAGUACGGCACAUAUUCCGUACCGCAGAUCAAUACUAUUCCCACUGGGGCCCAGGGUGUUUCGGUCAUCGCAGCAUUGCUGGCAACAUCGCUCUGUAUGAUUUACCCACUCUGGGCCAUCUUCUCGAUCGUGGAAGCAAUUUUCAUAUUCGCCAACAUCAAUAUGCUGGUUUGGUUCAUACCCAAAGGCUUAAAGUUUACAUGUUAUUACCUCUUCGGCGUGUCUGCCGCCGUUACUCCCAUCCUCAUGCCCUUCAUUAACAUGGCCAUGCGAGACGAUGCGGAGGCUAGAGCGGUUACUGUCGGUGCCAUGCUGACGGCUGGCUGGGCUGUAUUCUCCUUCUAUCCGAUCGUGGUGUUCCCUGUUCUGGAAGCGCCAAGAUGGACGAAAGGUUACUCGGUCAAUAUAGCCUUUGUCUUCUUCACAUGGUUCUUCUUUAUGGUGGGACAGUACUUGUACCGAAAAGAUGAAAAGAAAAGAGCAAGGACUCAAGUUCCAGAUUCCAAAAGCGAUGAAGAAGCUCAGGUAGACUUCGGAGACCAAAAAGUGGGAGCAGUCGUCGAACAUAUAGAUGAGAGGAAGUGA